AUGAUUCGGUGUCGAGCUGUUCCACAUCCUGUUCCAGACUCGGAUCCCACAUUCUCCACCUUCCAGGACAAUGGUGCUGUGACCCUGAUAUGGACUGGUUUUGAGGGUGCAAGGUGGAAGUGGAAGUGCAGAGGGCGAGCGACGAGUAUUGCAGUGGAUACUGAAGGCGUUGAUUUUCGGGGUCCGCUCGCGUCCCGUGUGGCAGGAGCUAGGGGGAAGAACAGACACAACAUAAUCAGAGCGUUAUUCGCUCCAUUCAUCUCCAUCUUCAUCAUCACCCAUCACAACAUCUUCCUAUCGCCCGUACCAGCAGCCUCUGCGCCAUCAUCUGGAUGUUCAGGGGAGAUUUCUGCUCCUUUGCUGACAACCACCAACUCGGCCGACCAACUUCAACUUCGCCAACCAACUGCAAUCUUCCUCCCAGAAACGCUCACACCAUCGCCAAACACCGAGCGAAGCCGUACAAGGCUGAGCAGAGUCACGUCCUGGCCACGAAGAAGCUGGACACCCAGACCACGCACCCCGAACGAAGCCCUUUGCAAGCAGAGGAAAUUGCCAGUUUACAUCAUCAAUGCAAGACCGGUCAGCAAGCACGCCAAGGACCGUGCACCACGUCAAACGCAGAAAGCGACUCCUGCUCGGCCUACUCGUGUUCUCAGUGGAUCAUGUGAUCUCCACGGAUACUGCAAUCGAUUCUUCAAGCAGACAGCACAGCUACUCUACUUUGUCAACGCAAAACCAGUCAGCAAGCACGCCAACACCAUAUCUCUCGGACAGUUACAAUCAGCUCUCCGCGCGGAGAUGAUAGCCCGUUUGCAUUGUCAUUACCAAAACAGAGCUCUCGGGCUAUCAAACACAACUCUCGAAACCGAGAGGAUUGCGAGUUUGCAUUGUCAAUGCGAAGCCGGCCGGCAAGCAGACCCACGACGCCCUGGAUGUGCCGCCAGAGAGGACCGCAGGUCUUCAUCGCCAACGCAGAAUCGGCCAGAAAGCACGCCAAUGACCCAAGAAGACGUCGCACCGCAAGCGCAGAGGACCGCUCGUUUACGCUGCCAAGACAAAACCUGUCACCAAGCACGCCGACGAUCCAAGACUACCGGCCUACCAAGCCACACCUUCCGCAUUGGGCGUCACUUCAACUCAAAUGUCGUUGAAGAUGGAUGCCAGACCACUGGAGAGGCACACAUCCGAGGGCAGUUCAUCAAAGAAGCAAACCUUGGAGGAGUAUGCACCCGUGGGCAGUUCAUCAAAGACGCAAACCUUGGAGAAGCAUACAGCCGUGAGCAGUUCAUCAGAGAAGCAGACCUUCCAGAUCCGUUGGCAGUUCAUCAAAGAAGCAGAUCUUGCAGAAUGGACGUCGAGAUGAGUGGAAACAUCCGCGGGCAGUUCAUCAAAGAAGCAGACCUCGCAAAUCCGUGGGCAGUUCAUCGAAGAAGCAGAACUCACACCUGUGGGCAGUUCAUCAACGCGUGGUUCAGAUCUUGGAGACGGACACAUCCGUGGGCAGGUCAUCAAAGAAGCGGAUCUCGGAGACAGAUACACCAGCGGGCAGUUCAUCAAGGAAGCAGACUUUGCAGGAUGGGUGUCGAGAUGGCUGGAGACGUGGACAUUCGCGGGCAGUUCAUCAAAGAAGAACAUGUUACAGAAUGGGGAAUGGCCGUUGUCUGGUCGAUUGUCCUGCGGUAUGGCUUGUUAUGUACUGAAAUCGUGAUCACACCUCUCGUGGAAUUUCAUGUUGUCUUGGUAGGAGCUGAAGGGGGUGGGGUUGUUGUCGUGAUCUUUGAGCAUGCGUAUCCAGGGGUUAAGGCAAUUAAGGCCGCUUCGUGGGGUCCCAGCUCUCCCAGUCUUUCUCAUCGAGACCUGAGGCUUGCGAUCUACCCUAGCGGUUAUUGUCUUGCCUCCAACAUUUCUGCAGUCAUCUCUGAAUCUUGUGCGAGUGCUCGGCUAUCUGCGUGCAGCAUCAAGUCGUAG